CUUUCUUUUUCCAUCUCCUCCGGACUCAAGCAUUCACCAUUGACGGUCAAUUGUGCUCUCUGAGUAAACCCUCAUAGUCCACACUUGGAGUCUUGUGCCUACCACGGAAAUUAAACGCUCACUUCCCGGCGCGAAGACUCCGAUAAAUAUACCAUCGAUCGCGACCUUUUCUAAACCGGCAAUCGACAUGACCACCUUCAGUCCUCUCCCGGCCUACAUCCUGGGUAGUCUGACCCUCGCCCUGGGCUGCCAUGCGCUGGCUCGCCCUGGCCCCGAGUAUCCGCGAUUCGGCUUACCCUUCGAACCCGCCGCUUCUUCCGCUUCGACCCAUGGCAACAAACGCACCCCUCCACCCGGCGCAGUUUCUCCCCUCAUGUACAUCAAGGGCAUUCGCGAGACGAGCUACGGUCUGACCCUGCUUGCCCUGCAGUACUACGGUCAGGAAACCGCCGUUACCAUCUUUGCCGGCGUCUGCGCGCUGGUUGGCCUUGCCGAUGGGUUCGUUGUCUGGGCGAAUGGAGGCGAGGCGCUCAAAACCAAGGCCUUUGGACACUGGAUUACAUGCGUGGGAUUUGGGGCGUGGGCCUGGUGGAGGGCUUGUGCGUAGGGAGUCUGGGACCAGUCCACAGAUCGGUUUGAUCCAUAAUGCUCGUGGAGUAAGCUGAGCUCCAAACGUAGCAAAGGAUUUCCUGGCUGUUUAAAUAACGUAUAGCGUCCAUUAAAAUAUCGCCUCGAUUACGAUGGUCGUAGACUAUGGCGUAAAACAUGAAGUUAUUUUGUUCAGGGAAGAAUGGCCGACGCAAACACAUAAUUGAAGGCGCUACAACUGCUCCAUCCG